AUGGAAUAUUGUAAAUUUAAACGUGGUAAACGAAAAAAUCUAUUGGAAAAGAGGAGAAAUAAAAAUUAUAAAUUAAACGAUUUAAAUAUUCAAAAAUUAUUGAAUUAUAAGCGUUCAAUUAAUCGUUUCGAAGAAUUAAUCGACAAAUCGAUAAGAAAACUUUGUGAAAAUCCUUUAAAAGAAAUUAUGGAAUUUAUUGAGAAUAGUUGGUUGGAGACGAAAAAUUUUCGAGAUGUUCCUACUGGUAUUGUCAGAUGCGGAAAUUUUGAAGGAUUUCGUUUAGAGGAUUUUAUCAGUGCAAAAUAUGGCAAAAGAUUGAUUAAACUGGGACAUCCAGUACCAUCUAUAUAUUUAGUUGUACAAAUGAUACGUAAAACGCCAGAAGGAAAAUGUAUAAUUUUAAAUCAAAUUGAAAGUAUAUCUGGUUCUUUUAUUGAUGAUCUUAUAUCACUUAUUGCUGAUGAUAACUGGAAAAUACCUUUAGCUAUAAUUAUAACGAUCUCUGGUGAUCUAAGCGCUAUAUAUUCACGAUGCUCUUAUCAGUCAUAUUCUCGAAUGUCUAUUAAACAGUUUCAGUUCCCAUCGCCAAUAACUUUUCUAAAUGCCGUUACGGAUCUAAUAGCUUUUGAUCCUGGAGUUGAGUUCAAAGUUGAUGGAAAAUUACUGGAAAUUGUGAGGAGAAGAUUUUUAGAUGUUUCUUUUUCCAUUGAUGAAGUGAAAAAAAUCGUUAGUUUUAUGAUGCUGCAAUAUUAUAUAGAAUCAGAAACGGGGGAACAUAAUUUAGACGAUAAUUCGCUUAUAAUUCUCAAUCAAUAUAAGGCAUUCCUCGAACUUUUGUUUGAUUUUUCUUGUGGUUUUUCAUCACAAAUGAAAGAUAUUUAUGAUCUCCAUCAAGCUAUACAAACGAAUAAUUUUUUUUCGAGUAAAAACGACAUAUUUUCCUCAUGGAAAGGUUUUUGGUUAACGUGGGAUGCGGUGGAAAUGAUAGAUGCGUUAGAAAAAAUAAUACCUCUUGUUCGGAAUCUCAAUAAACCACUCGCGGAUGCUAUGACAAAAUUGAAAGAUGAUCUUGAGCAUUUGGAAGUUAGAAUUGAGAAAGCUCGUUCUGUUCUUUGUCAAGUUCAAGCAAAACCUGCAACAACUCCUCUGAAGAUGACACAUGACGAGAUGCAACAAAGAAUGAAAGAAAAGAUUUUGCAAAAAAAGAAAUUGGAUGUGCUAUCUGGUGAUCGUCAAACGUUUUUGAAGUUAAUAACUCAAGCAUUUUCAUCUUUUCUUCUUCCUUACGAUAAAAUUCCAGCAUUAAAAGAUUCACUGCUUCAUGGUGCUUCGGAUUUAUGCAGACUUUGUAUACCAUCAGUUCAUGAAUCGUUGGAAUAUGUCAUUGGUCGGCGCCAUAAGGAAUGCGUCUCCACUGCUGUUAUUCUUAUUUAUUAUUCUUUGCAGUCAUGCUUAUCACAACUAGACAUAUGUGUCGCUUAUCAAACAUUGCAAACAUUUUGGACAAGUGGUAAAAGCGUACCAUUGAAAGGAUGGUUUAAAGAAUUCAUCAAAGAAAUUAGUCAAAUACCUAAUACUGAUAAUUUGUAUCGUUUCUAUAGAUCUGUUAUUGAAUUGGAAAUGCUUGGAAUAAUCAAAGCAAUAAGUAGCAAUAAUCUUUCUGCUGUUUCUUUGCUACAUGUUCCGUCAUCAUUUGAAAUUUUUAUUGAAAUUUUAGUUUUAUUCAUUUUUCGAUUUUACCGUAUUUAUAGGUAUAUGUCGGAGGAAUCGAAAGACGGAGGAGAGGAUUUAAAUGAUGUGGACGAUAAUAAUAUAGGUGAUGAGAAUCGAAAUGAGAAUGGAUUCAAUUUGCAUGACAAUCGGGCAAAUAUUAUUGGUGAUAAUGGGGAUGAAAACUGCCAACUUGCAGAUAGUAGUGGAAGUGAGCCGAGUACUUUGUCAGAUAUACAAAAUGGUCUAAUUUCGAUUAAUAGCGAGAGUAACUCGAGUUGUAAUGAUGAAGAGGAUCGAUUGUCUCAAAAAUCGCAAAGUUUUGGAUCCAAUUUAAGCGAUAAAAUUCGAGAAAAGACCUUCGAUGUUCAGUUGUACAGUUCAGAGAUACAAGGAAAAGCUAUAAGUAAUCUCGUUAUAUAUGGUAUUGCAAUGCUUAUUAUACCGGUUAGCGUUCUACUUUCAUUACGGUCCUUUUUCCAUGGUUUUCUGGAUUUCGAAUAUUUAACAGCAAACAUAUGGGCUGCGGGCAUUUCUGUUUUUGUAAUUUAUUUGAUAUUGUUUUGUCUAAUGCGAACGGCUUUAAAUGAAGAAAAAGAAUUGGAAAAAAUGAAGAAGAAAGAUCAAUAG